AUGUCCGACGACAAAUCCGCGCCAACCCGAAACCCCAGAUCAGUAAACAGACUUGGUCCAAUACCAGGUUUGCGUACAAUCGACCAAAUGACACCCAAAAAUCUGACUCUGAAAACAGUUCUUGGGCCACAACUUCCUUCCAACGAUUUUUUCCGACGACGUUUGGGCCGCGUACCAUCAACGACCAGCAAAGGAGAAGGACCGUCCAACGAAGCUGGUAUCGAUAAAGGAAAAGGCCAAGCGCUCUCUGAAGAGCUUCCCGAAGAGACAACAUUUCAGGCUAGAAUCAAAGACCGAGUCAUUGGAUCCUCCGCCGCGAACUGGAGACGAACUGAAAACCCCCCAGCCCCUUCAUCAAUGCAAGCUCCGGUGCCUGAAGUUCGACCGCCGGCAAUGCAAUCCGACCUCCUAGCCAGCCUCAUCGCCGAAAUGCGCCUUCAACGCGAGGAGGAUCGCGCAAGACACAAGGACCUUAUGAAUCGGCGUGAUGUGGAGAAUGUCAGGUCCAAUCAACGGGCUCUUCUAGACGAGGAUGCCAAGAUAUCGGCCAUUGUUAACGCGGCACUUAAAAAGCUUAAACCAGAACAGAUUCUGAAUGUUGACGGAUCAAAUAUCCAGUCGUGGGACAAAGCUCUCGGUGUCAUAGCUUUCAAACGCUUUCAGGACGAAUUCUUCUACACCCCAGAAGAGGACGCAAUCGUCGAUCCGUACCAAGAGAAGAUAGCGCGAGGGAUCAUCCACUCGUCAGUUCACCCCGACCUCAUGUAUGAUCUUAUUCGACUUGAAAACUCCGCCGAAGUUUACAACCACCUACUGGUCAAAUUCCGCGUCGGGAAUCAAGCCAAGCAACUGCAAGCUUGGGAAACGUUGAAAAACCUCAACCCAUCUGACUACGGCAGCUCAGCCGAAGUGAUAUCAGCUUUCGACAGAUGCGCGAAAACUUUCAUUGAACAAGGCAUUGAGUUCACCUGGGAUAACGUCACUGCGCUGAUUUUCCAGUUGAACCUCAAGGAUCAUCUUCGACCCGCACUUGACAGAAAGGUUGAUCUCUUCAUGGAGACCCGAGAUUUCCAACUACCUGCCUCCUCCGACGUACUGCAACUGUGGGAUUUGGCUCGUAUUGAACACAGGCUAGCAGAAGAAACCGGAAGAUCGGAUACCUCGGCAAUGAACAUAAAGCUAGCUAGUCGAUCGGACAAUGUCACCCUAGCUAGCCGUAGCAAUACUAGUGUUUCAGGAACGAGCUCAGCGGCUGAAGAGGGUCAGCAAGUCAGCGCUCUGGCGCUGAACAAGCCACCUAUCUGCUACAUAUGCAAGCAGACCGGACACUACGCAACCAACUGUCCGACUAGCCGAAAAAACAACCCAAGCCACCGACCAGUGCCCAGUCGGCCCAAUCCCAACUCCCAACCUCAAUUCCCUCCAUGCUCGGUUACCUACAACUUUGACCGAGUACCAUACAUCAAACCAAUCCAACCAGAAUCAAGGGAUCCAGCGUCAACAAAGUCGGCUUCGUCUCCUUUCGUCAAACCAAAAACCACACCCACCAUGGCCAAGACAGUUGAGACACGGCAAAUCAACCCGGACUUGUUCGCCGAUGAUGAAACGGAGAAUGUUGAAUAUGUUAUCGAAGGUGAAGAUCUUUCUGCAGAACCGAGUGGUCAACGCUUCAACCUCCGAGAAAUGAUCAUUCAACGUGACAGCCAAGAAGUCAUCUGGGACUCUGGCGCAUCUGACAACGUCACCGGAGAUAGUGAAGUGCGAAUCCUCAAGGCUAAGAGCGAGGCAGCGGAUAUGAUUACGCAGACAAUCACCAGAUGGGAAAACCAAACCAACUGCAAAGUGAAAAUUCUACGUUCAGACAAUGGAGGUGAAUUUGAAUCAAAGGUUUUUGGUAAGUACCUUGGCAACAAAGGUAUUGUUGCGGAGCGCUCACUCCCCUACCACCAUUUUCAAAAUGGCGCUGCUGAACGCUACAACAGAACAGUUGCAGACAUGGGUAGAAGCAUCUUGUACAACAGCGAAUUAGGCAAGGAAUUUUGGGGAUAUGCUUUUCUCUGGGCGGCUUGGACGUUGAACAGAAUCCCAAAUCGCAUCACCAAAGACAAAACUCCGUACAAAUUUUUCUUCGGUGACAAACCACAACUGGAUCGGACGAGGGUUUUUGGUUCGAAAGCAUACAUCUUGGUAGCCCCCAAAAAACGGAAGAAGCUUGAUGAACGCGCUGUUGAAGGCCUAGUCGUCGGGCACCUACCGGAAUCAAAAGGUUGGACGUUCUGGAUCCCUAAAAAAAAGAAGCUAGUCUCCUCUGCAUGGGCCAAUUUCGGACGGAAUGCCCUACCAUCGGGGACAGUCACCUGUGCUCCAAUACCAGAGAAAGGAUCCACCGCCAAUCCACCCCAUCCGUCACCGGCGCCCGAAGCUAAACACAUGGUCCUGAAUGACUUCAGCCAAGAAGAAUUAGUUGAACAUCAAGAGACGUUAGUCGACGAAUGCAUGGAGAAUUGUGCUGAUAGCUCUUGCGACGUUCCCUCGACUUUCAAAGCCGCGAUGCAAUCUCCUGAUGCAGCCCAUUGGAAGCUGGCGAUAAACACCGAACUAGAAAAUCUGAAACGCAAGAAUGUCUGGGUUGUUAAGAAACUACCAUUGAAGCGGAGAAAACUAGGUGCGCGGUGGGUUUUUGCGAAGAAGACCAACCCUGAUGGAUCCAUCAAAUACAAAGCACGGUACGUCGCGAAAGGUUUCAAUCAAAAAGAAGGCACCGACUUCGCGCAUACCUUUGCACCAACGGCCACCUUCACUUCGAUGAGAAUUCUUCUGACGAUUGCAGCCAGGAACAACUGGCCAAUCUACAACUUCGACUUUGUUGCGGCGUAUCUGAACGCGCCCAUCGACGAGGAGGUAUGGGUGCAAGCCCCUGAGGGACUUGACGUUAAUGUUGGCGAGGCCUGUCUCCUGAGGCGCGCACUUUACGGGACGAAGCAGGCGGCGAGAUGCUGGUGGAAACACCUCAGUGGUACGCUGGCCAGUCUUGGGUAUGUAUCGAGUUACUACGACUCCAGCGUCUAUACUCUCAGCCGCAAAGAGGACAGAUCAAUCAUCUGGGUACAUGUAGACGACGGGAUUGUCACAGGAUCGUCAGACGAGGCCCUGAAACUACUAGAACAACAACUGAAAGGCUCUCUUGAAAUCAAGUGGACUGAAGGACUAACUAGCAUGGUGGGGGUGAAAAUCUUUAGGAAUCAAGACGGUUUUGAUUUGACGCAACCGCUCUUAAUUGACAAGAUUCUCAAGGAACGUUGGGACGGCGUGACCUUACACUCUACACCUCUACCUGAAGGCUACACUGCCAACACGGACACUACCAAGGCGGGCAUCAAUAGCACAGAUUUCCUUUCCACUAUAGGGAGUCUCAGUUAUGUUGCGGUUGGAACCCGGCCCGAUAUAGCGUACAGCGUAAACUACCUAGCCCAAUUCUCCAGCAGGCCCUCAGCGCACCACUGGAAAGGACUGAGACACCUACUAGGAUACCUGGCUGAGACAAAAGUGACACCGCUCAGGAUAGCACCAGACCGUUUGAACGGCCACCCGGUUGAAUGCUUCGCGUUUAGUAACAGUAGCAAGCUCGACCUGUCAAGCUGA